GGAGAUAAUCGCCACGAUGGAUGAGAAAGACAGAACAGAGUGAAGAACUUUCUAUACUGCCAUUCAUCAUCAGCGAGGAUAAGCAUGAUUACAUAGAUACAUCUUUUUAUUUGUUCAAAGAAAACUGAGACAAAAGUUUAGCGAGUUUUGGGCGAAGUAUGGCGCGAGAGAUUGGAGAGUCUGGAGAAGCUAAAAGUGCCAAAGUGAAAAAGCAUAAAAGGAAAAGCACAAAGGAGAGCAAAACAAGGACUGUACACGCCAACAUUUUGUAUGACCAUACCAAAGGAGGGGAUAACCCCAACAGACACUAUGCAGACAAUAAGAUCAAAACCACAAAAUACACUUUGCUUUCUUUUCUACCGAAGAACCUCUUCGAGCAGUUCCAUCGAUUUGCCAACGUGUAUUUUGUUUUCAUAGCCUUACUUAAUUUUGUCCCUUUGGUCAAUGCUUUUCAACCAGAGUUGGCUCUUGCCCCUGUGGUAUUUAUUUUGUCUGUUACCGCUAUCAAGGAUUUAUGGGAGGACUACAGACGCCACCGUUCGGAUAAAGAAAUUAACCAUAUGGACUGUCUCGUUUACAGUAGGACUGAGAAACGGUAUGUGGAAAAAUACUGGAAAGAGGUGCGGGUCGGUGACUUCAUUCGUCUGCGCUGCAAUGAGAUUCUGCCUUCGGAUGUUCUGCUGCUCAGCUCCAGCGACCCAGACCGUCUGUGUCACAUUGAGACUGCCACACUGGACGGAGAGACCAAUCUCAAACAGAGGCAGGUGGUGCGCAGCUUUAUCGACCUGGAAUGCGAGUUUGACCCAUUCAAAUACAACAGCAUUAUUGAAUGUGAGAAGCCCAACAAUGACCUCAACAGAUUUCGAGGAUACAUAAUCCAUCGCAGUGGGAGGAGAGACGGGCUGUACAAAGACAAUCUGCUGCUCAGAGGGUGCACCAUCCGCAAUACAGAGGAGGCUGUAGGAAUUGUCAUCUAUGCAGGUCAUGAGACAAAAGCUAUGCUGAACAACAAUGGCCCUCGCUACAAACGCAGCAAACUGGAGCGGCAAAUGAACGUAGAUGUGUUCUGGUGUGUCAUCAUACUCCUGGUCAUGUGCCUUUUUUCUGCCAUCGGACAUGGCCUCUGGAUGUUUCAGUAUGGAGAAAAGCGGCCUGUCUUUGAUGUCCUGAGCCCAGAAGGAACAGACUUGUCUCCAGUGGUCUCGGCCAUUUAUCUCUUCCUGACCUUGAUUAUAGUAUUUCAGGUGCUGAUCCCAAUCUCGCUUUUUGUCUCCAUUGAAAUAGUGAAGAUAUGCCAAGUUUACUUUAUCCAUCAAGACAUGGAGCUGUAUGAUGAGGAGACCGACUCUCACCUACAGUGCAGGGCUCUGAACAUCACUGAAGACCUGGGCCAGAUGCAGUACAUCUUCUCCGAUAAGACUGGCACACUCACGGAAAACAAGAUGGUGUUUCGGCGUUGUACUGUGGCAGGAGUAGAAUACUCGCAUGAUGCCAAUGCGAAAAGGCUUGCUAUGUACCAGGAGGUAGACUCUGAGGAGGAGGACUGUACAUCUCAUGGUGGAACCCUCCCACGGAGGGACAGUGUUGCCAGUCAUCAGAGCGGAAAAGUAGUGUUGCGAACACAGAGCACCAAAUCUCACCGUCGCACCGGUAGCAGAGCCGAAGCCAAACGGGCCAGCAUUCUAUCCAAACACACUGCCUUUAGCAGCCCCAUGGAGAAGGACAUUACCCCGGAUCCUCAGCUCAUGGAUAAGGUGAAUGAGUGUAGCAGUCAGAUGGAGUUCAUGCGUUUCCACAGUCAGCCCCUGAACCAGAUCCCCCCUGACCUGUGUGAUGUGUUUGACUUUUUCAUCGCCCUCACUAUCUGCAACACUGUUGUUGUGUCCUCACCCAAUCAACCCAGGCAGAAGGUGCGUCGCUACGAGUUGAAGUCACCAGUGAAGACCAUAGAGGACUUUAUCAAGCGCUUCACCCCGAGUCGCCUGACCUCUGGCUCCAAUAGCAGCAGCUCCUCCAGCUUGGCCACCAAUCGUUCAUCCUCCCACAGGGUGGGCUCCAGCAUGCUGACCUCCCCCUCGGCAGAGAGCACGCUCACCAAGCUGAAGGAGGAGAAGCCUCCAGAUCAUGAACUUCAGCAUGCCUUCAGCUCCGUCCCACCCAACUACGAUAAAACAAAGGCCUUGGCUCAAGAUGACUGUGAGCUAAGAUUUGAGGCAGAGUCGCCAGACGAGGCAGCAUUAGUUUACGCAGCCCGGGCCUAUAAGUGUGCUCUCGUCGGUCGGUUACCAGAUCAGGUGACUGUGGAUCUUCCUCACCUAGGCAAACUAAGUUUUGAGCUGCUGCACACGCUGGGGUUUGAUUCCACAAGAAAGAGGAUGUCUGUGGUGGUCAAACAUCCACUGACUGAGCAAAUCACGGUGUACACCAAAGGUGCUGAUUCGGUCAUCAUGGAUUUGAUCAGACCAGCCACAGAUUAUGUGAAAGGAAAACGCCAAAGGAAAAUAUUGUAUAAAACUCAAAACUACUUAAAUCUCUACGCCGCAGAUGGUCUCAGAACACUCUGUAUCGCCAAAAAGGUCCUCAGUAAGGAGGAGUAUGCCAGUUGGCUACAGCAUCACCUGGAGGCAGAGACAGCCAUACAGAGAAGGGAGGAGCUGCUUUUCGAGUCUGCUUUACGUCUAGAGACCAACCUUCACCUACUAGGAGCAACAGGUAUUGAGGACAGACUUCAGGAUGGGGUUCCAGAGACCAUCGCCUCUCUGAGGAAAGCUGGCCUUCAGAUCUGGGUGUUGACGGGAGAUAAACAAGAGACGGCCAUCAACAUUGCCUAUGCCUGCAAACUGCUAGACCCAGAGGAGGAGAUUAUCACUCUCAAUGCUGACUCUCAGGAGGCCUGUGCUGUAUUGCUUGAGAACAGUUUGCACUACAUCCAAGCCAAGUUCCUAUGCAACCCUUCACCAGAUCCUGUUAGAGACUAUACUGGUGUCCACUUCUCCUCUCCGGUUUGUUCCCCGACCACCUCUACGCACUCCAGCCCCUUCCUUGUGCACCGGCUUGGGCUGGUGAUUGAUGGCCGCACCCUGGCCUACGCACUGGACAAGAGUUUGGAGGACAAGUUCCUGGCCGUGGCUCGAAGCUGCAGGUCCGUACUGUGUUGUCGCUCAACACCCCUGCAGAAGAGUAUGGUGGUGAAGUUAGUGCGUAACAAGCUCAAGGUCAUGACAUUGGCGAUAGGUGAUGGGGCUAAUGAUGUCAGUAUGAUCCAAGUAGCUGAUGUAGGGGUGGGGAUCUCGGGACAGGAGGGCAUGCAGGCGGUCAUGGCCAGUGACUUUGCCCUUCCACGGUUUCGAUACCUGCAGAAGCUACUCUUGGUUCAUGGUCAUUGGUGUUACUCUCGUCUAGCCAACAUGAUCCUCUACUUCUUCUACAAAAAUGCUAUGUUCGUCGCCCUCAUCUUCUGGUAUCAGUUCUACUGUGGGUUCUCCGGGUCAGCCAUGGUUGAUCAGUGGUAUCUGAUCUUCUUCAACCUGAUGUUUUCCGCAUUCCCUCAGCUCAUCACCGGCACCCUGGACAAAGAUGUGUCAGCAGAAACCCUGCAGGAGCUCCCUCAGCUCUACAUGAAUGGACAAAACUCAGAGGAAUAUAAACCCUAUAUGUUCUGGAUGAACAUGAUUGAUGCCUUCUACCAAAGCCUCAUCUGUUUCUUCAUCCCCUACUUUGCUUACGCUGACUCUGAUGUGGAUUUGUUCACAUGGGGCACUCCCAUCACCACGUUGGCUCUUUUCACCAUUUUGCUCCACUUGGGCAUCGAAACCAAAACCUGGACAUGGAUGAACUGGGUAUCGAUUGGUUUCAGUAUAGCUCUCUUCUUCACUGUGGCUCUGUGCUACAGUGCUUCCUGCCCAACCUGCUUCUCUCCCUCUAACACUUACUGGUCCAUGCAGAGGUUGCUGGGAGAUUCCAUAUUCUACCUGCUGUGUGUCGUCACACCUGUAGCCGCUCUUCUUCCCAGAUACUUUUAUAGAGCCUGUCAGGGAUCUCUGUUCCCAAACCCUGUCCAUGUGGGACGACAGCUGGACAAACUGCCAGUGGACAUGCGUAGGCUCUUUUUAAGCCAGAGCCAGAUGAAGCUAGGCUCACUCGGGUCUCUGUUUGCCCCUCGAGCCCCACAUUUUCCCCUCUGCAGGCCUUUCCAGAAAGACUAUAGGCCCAGAGUGAAGCAAGCCCACAUGAGUGGCACCAAACUCAAAGAGAAUGCUAUAGCCAGCCCCAUCCCAUCCAAGAGCAUGGAGAUGAGGGACACACCUUUAAGCUCAAAGAACUCUGAGAACCAUAUCAAACUAAACUUUAAAAUGCAGGAAAAAGGGCAGUCCUGCAGACAGGGCUCAGGAAGCCCCCUCUUGAGUCCUAUUACAAUUUCCGGCACACUGCCAUACACCAAAGAAACUCCUGGCACCAGGACUAUUUUGGAAACCAGGGGCUUGGAGGCCACGCUUGGCCCAGCAGACCUCUCUCAGGUCGGUUUACUCACCUCCACUCCGCUGCUUCCUCAAACUGAGACUAUACAGCUCAUGUCGCCACCAAGUAGUCUUUUUCAACAGAAGCUAGAAGGCGAGGACAGCUCAAACCAAAGGCCCCUCCUACUGAAAGGGGGCGGAGACAUGGACCACACUCAGUCAUCUAGCUGCCCACAAGAACAUUCACUCAAAACAACAUUUCUAUGACGCUUUCUACCUGUUAUGCUGAUUCCAAUUUGCACGUUAGCUUAAAGAAAUUGUAUUAUAUAUUCUCAAGUAUUUUAUAAAGAAAUAGGUUGGUACUACAUAUAUAUACUUUAGAUGUAUAAAGUUUAGAAUAAAGAUUAUUGUUUGAGAGAGGCCAGAUUAUGCAAACUGGAUAGUCUUAUAAUGUUUUGUUAUGAUUGACUGUUUCGUAAUAUUAUUUUUGUUUUUUCUCUCCUAAACCAUCUCAAAAGUAGAGGAGGUUUGGUUCUUGAGGCAAAACCAGUCCAGAGACAUUCCUUUUUCUGUUUAUUUGGAUCUGAAUGUUCUGGCGCACUUUAAAGAACCUUCCCCUCCUACCAUCACACACUGUUGAUAGCAUUACACUCACAUUCCCUACCCCUUAAAUAUCAGUAGCAACAGAGAUUCCUUAAAUAUACUUUAAGAUGUUGUCUUUUCUGGUAGGCCUGAGUUGGUGCCUAGUACGUUUGGGCAAAUGCAGAGAUACACACUACACUAUUCACUUGUUGGGAUUUGCUGUUUUGCUGUUAAGACUAUAUUGCGCUCCAUUACAGGAUAAUGUUAAAACUCUUAGAUAUUUAGCAGAUAUUUAAAUAUUAGUCACUUGUACACUUGCAUCAUUACAAACUUGAGUCAAGCCCUUUCGAAUCUGCAUGUAAAAAUGUAAUUAUCCUCUAGCGCAUCUGAACACCAGAAGUACCUUUCCAUGCAUAUAUACUGAUAUGGUGCUUGCAGAAUUUUCAAGCUCUGCUAUUGUUUGUAUGUCUUUUAAAUUGUAUAUUAUUCUUUUUUGCUGCUGCUUUGCAAUUCUGCACAUUCCUGCAGGAUAGGAUUUAAUUUUGUCCUUUUUUAGAAGUUGCUUAAGUUCACAGGAACCUGGUUCCAAAUAGUAGAAUAUACUCUCAGGGCUAUUCAACUCUGCUGCUAAUGAUUUUUGUUCAAGCUCUAAUCAAACACUCCUGUCUAGGGUUUUCAAGUAAUCUAAAAGACCUCCAUUAGCUUGUUCAAGUGUAUUUGAUUAGGGUUGGAGCUAAACUUUCCAGGACCGGAGUUGAACAGCCUUCUUAAAUGGGUCCUUAAUGGGCCCCCUUAGUCACAUGUGCCCAGGAUCGGAUUUCCGAAACAUAAGGUUGCAGGAUAAGACUCAUUUAUAUUUGAGGAAGUGCUACCUGAUUAGUUAGGGUUAGGUUUAGGGGUAGGGAUGGGUUAUAGUUUCUCCAACCAAUAAUGCUUUUAUGAUUAUUAUUAUUACUGAUUUAUAAUAUACGGUAUGACUUUCUUCAUGAAUAUAACUUGACUCUUGCCCUGCCAUCUUACGUUUCAGAAAUUCACACCUGAUACAAUGUUACUGGUUGCCCCAACAAC